AUGAAUUACGUUCAUCAAACGCCAACGGAAGAAUGCCCAUUGACGAAAGAGAGACAAGGUUGUUCCCUCAGCGAUUGUUGUGGCUUUCGAUCUAUAAUAUGUUCAUUUAUCAGUCUCACGGGCCUUAUUACCACCACUUUAAUUCUUCAAUUAGUUUAUGAUAAUAAUGCUUUCCAGGGAAGAUUGAAUAUUCAUGGCGCUGUCGCCACCGACUAUAUAAAUUGCUCUCAAAUUGGAACAAAGAUACUUAUAAAAGGAGGAAAUGCUGUGGAUGCCGCCAUAGCGUCAAUGCUUUGUAUGACGGUAGUUGCUCCUCACAAAGCAAGUCUUGGCAGCGGAGGAUACAUUAUAAUUUAUAAUCAUGGGUACAAGGAGAAGCCAAAAGUAAUAGAUUUUCUAAAUAACACGACAUCAGCUGAAUUUGAUGAACUUCACGUGAGGAUACCCGCUAUGCUUCGAGGUUUAGAAUACACGCAUACUAUGUAUGGUAAAUUACAAUGGCAAGAUGUAGUGGAACCGUCUAUUAUCUUAGCUCGCGAAGGAUUCGAGGUGUCUAGAGAUUUUGCUUACGAAACAACGAGAAACGUUAACCUAGGGCUUUUUAGACAUAUUAAUGCCGGAGAAAUCUUAGCACUGCCUAAGCUCGCUAAUACUUUAGAACUGGUAUCUAAAUUUGGAACUAACGUUUUUUAUAAUGGAUCGAUAAGCAACGAAAUAUUUCUGAAUAAAACAAACGAAAGAUUGUUGAACGACUUGUCAAGCUACGAGCCUAAAGUUAUUACAGUACAAAAAUCCUCACUUUCUCAAUAUGCUAUAUAUUAUCCAUCCAACUUCAAUUUUCUGCGAUCAAUUAUCGAGGAAAUGAAUAUGUUAAAUAUUUCUAAAGAAAACGCAUCCUCGAUAGAUUCGGAAAUUAUAGUUGCCGAGUCUAUAAUAAAGCUUGCAUUAAGAUUAAAAAAUCCUUAUGUCAAUUAUACUCAAAGCAGAAAGUUUACAGGUGUAUCAUCGAUAGACUGGCAAGACACGUACGUUUCCAUAAUAACUGGAUUGAGCUCGCCAUUAAAUCUGGCAUACAACACCGGGGCAGGAUUUGUAUUCGAUAAUAUCGAUAAUAUCGAUAAUACAAAUUCUCUCCUAUCGUUGAUUCCAAUUAUUUUCUUUGACGAAGCCACCGUAUGCGGAUUACGUGGAGUUUUUAGUACCGACGAUUCGAUAAUUGCCGGACAAAUCCUAUACAAUUUGCUCUUACGUUCGAUGAAUGUCUCUACAGCGGUGGAAUAUCCAAGAUAUUACGUACUAUCUGAUGGAAUAGCUAUAGAAAAUGACGACAGACAUUCCGGGAAUAGACUACUGCACGAUAGCUUAAUGGCUAUAGCUUCCAUGUCUAAAGUAGAUCCCAAUAUGAUAACCAAGAGUGUAAAUGUUAUAAUAAAAAGAAAAAAUUUAAUCAACGGCCAUUCCGAUAGUAGAGGAGAUGGUUUAGCAUCUAGAUUUUGAUAGCAAUGUGAUAAGUAAUAUUGAUAUUUGUUGAAUUUUUGAUAAAAGCAAUUAACACUUCUAUC